CCAGGUCACAGUUCUGUGUCAUAGAUCUUUUGAUUCCCAGCAGGCUGGGCCGAAAGAAAUGUCCCCAGACCAUGCCAGUGCUCUGGGAGAAGUCCUCCUAUCUCAGGCAGGCCCUGGGAAGAGGUCAAGUUGGGCAGCAGAGAAAGGAACAAACUUUUUAUUGAGUCUUUUACAAGUCAGGCAUUUCCCCUGCAUUUAAAUCCUCCCAAACAGCUUGGUUGGGAGACGGUGUUGUCUCCUUCCAGUAAGUGUCACGGAGCAGGAAGCUCAGAGAGGUUAAGCCACUAGCCUUAAGUCACACAGCUUGUAAACUCUGCUGGGAUCUCAGGUCUAACUCUAAAGCCUCACCUUUUCCCAUGAGGUCACAUCUACGGCCAGGAAAAAGAGGGCAUUUUGCUCUUCCGAAAACCACUGGGAUGUGUAAUUUACAAAUAAAAGUUAAGGGUGAUCAUUUCUGACAGAGGGGAGUUGACCUCUGAGGAUUUGACCUGCUUUAUUGAGCAGAACUAGGAAACCAGACCGGUGCAGGGUGUGUGUGGGGGGAAGGGGCAUAGAGGAGCUUGGGACCGGUCACCUCCAGGAGAGGGGUGAUGGCUCUGCAGGCUGCCUGCCCACCCCUCCCUUCUCCUGCUGCUACCGCAGCCUCAGGGAGUGGGGAGGAAGGAGGGUGUUGGGGGAGGGCUCCUGCCCCUUUAAAACUCAGCGCUUAACCCCAGUGCUCAGGUUAGGAUAGAAUGGCAUUUAAAAAAAAAUAAUUUUACCUUAUCUACCUGUAUUAACCACAGAAAAAUAUUUUUGAAUUGUACUAAAUGUUAAAGGAGAACAAAAAGGAAAUAAACAGAAGAAACGCCAGAAGUGUAAAACCCAGUCUGGUUUCAAGAGCCGAGUUUCUGAUCCUGCGAUAACUCAGGUCGCCAUGGGGAUAGCUGCCCUAGGCCUCCUCUGGGCACUGCUCCUGCUCCCUCCCUCAGUGUCUGGGAUCCCCACUGAGGAGCCCACUGCUGGGGAAGCCGUGGCCUUGAGUUCCUCUGGGAACUGUCGACGGUGCUGUGACUCUGAGGACCCCCUGGUCCUCGCUGAUGCUGCAGAUGCAUCCUCCGCAUCUCCAUCCACCCUUCAGUACGUGUUGCCUGAGGUCAGGCCCUACAUUAACAUCACCAUCCUGAAGGGUGACAAAGGGGACCGAGGCCUGCUGGGUACGCCUGGGAAGCUGGGCAGGGAGGGCCCCCGGGGGGAGCGCGGCCCCCAGGGCACCAAGGGCGCUAAGGGGCAGGCGGGCAGCCCCGGUGGCCCAUGCCAGAGGCGCUUCUCGGCCUUCUCCGUGGGCCGCAAGACGGCCCUGCACAGCAGUGAGGGCUUCCAGCCGCUGCUCUUCGACACGGUCUUCGUGAACCCAGACGGGCACUUCGACCUGGCUGCUGGCCACUUCAUCGCCCCCCUGCGUGGCCUCUACUUCUUCAGCCUCAAUGUGCACAGCUGGAACUUCAAGGAGACCUACGUGCACGUCGUGCACAACGAGGAGGCGGCCGUCAUCUUGUACGCACAGCCCAGCGACCGCAGCAUCAUGCAGAGCCAGAGCGUGAUGCUGGCCCUGGCGCCCGGCGACCGCGUCUGGGCGCGGCUCUUCAAGCGCGAGCGUGAGAACGCCGUCUACAGCGACGACAUUGACACCUACAUCACCUUCAGUGGCCACCUCAUCAAGCCCGAGGACGAUUAGUGCCUCCAGCGGGGCAGCUCGGGUUGGGGGUGGCUGCGGGCAGGUCUGUCCCCUGCAGGGCCUCAGUUUGCACAUCUGUAAAGUGGGCCGCAGGACCUGACAUUCUGGGCAGCCUUCCUCUUCUUUCCUUCCCUCCAUCACCCCUCUCAGGCUGUUUCUGCCUCUCUCCUCUCUUGGAUGAAUUUUAAGAAACCUCCUAACCUAAUUCUUCUAGAACUUUCCCAACCCUUUAGACCAGCACCUCUCAAACUCGAAUGUGCGUAUGCAUCACCCAGGGACUGUGCUAAAAUGCAGAUUUGACUCAGCAAGCAUGCAGUGGGCCCAGGGUUCUGCAUUUCUAAUUUCCGGGGUGACGCUGGUGCUGCUGGUCACCCGACACCACUCGAGUAACCAAGUCCUAUAACUUUCACAACAUUCUAGUACUUUCUGAACAUUCUGGAAUCUUCCAAACACCCUGAAAUUCUCUCAUCCCUCUGGGACACCCCCUCCUCUGGUCUCUUGCCCCUUCCCCCUUCUCGUCUCACUCCCGUCUGCACCCUCACUUGUGUAGUCAUGGUUCAUUUAUUCAGUCGUCAGACACUCACCGAGCCCUCACUCGGUGCCAGGUUCCGGGAAGGCUGAGGUGAAUCCGUCACAGGCCCUGCCGUCAGUGGGCACCCAGUCCAGCCAGGGUGGGGACGCACAGAGGAUUCUGAAACUAGACCCAAGGAAACACGUGGGGCUCUGAUCACAUAAGUCUGUGUUCUGGGCUCUCAGGCACUGUGGCCACUCGUUACCCACCAGUCCCCAAGGCUGGUGGCAUAGGGUACCCGAGGUGGGGGAUGGUACCCCCUGCCCAUUCCUUGCUUUUCUGCCCAAUGCCUGUCAUUAAAGCAAACCCAGAGGGGCCUCAGUCAGGGCAAGGGUGUUGUGAGGAGAGGACCCAGGGGUUUGGGGACUUUUUGAGGUAGGGGGCCCCUGGAGAAGGGAGCCUAGACCCGUUUCUCCCCACCUGGCUCCUACCCUCCUCAGCACAUGCCCUCCCUGCCCCGCUCCCUGGACGCCAUCAGGGCAGUGCUCAGUCCACCCUGCCAAAGUUGCUUGGGCCUCAGUUCUCCCAGGCUCCUGGCCAGUGUCAGACACUGACGUCUGUCCCCAGGUGCUCUGACCUCCGUGGCCCCUCUCGCCAGCCCGGUGCCCCCAGCUCUCUGGGCUCUAUUAAGGUGCUGAGGCCCUGGUGGGCAACUCCUGCCCAGCAGAACCUCCUCUGGCCUCUGCUGUUGUGACAGACGCUGCCGGGCAAUGAGCCAGGACGGGAGGCCCCGGGUUUUGGACCCCCAGCAGGUCUGGGGAACCAAAGCGAGCAAUGUUCUGGGUCAGUCAGGGGGCUUCUCCUCUGAGCCAUGAUGCCAAGGGAGGUAGGUGCUGGGAGAGGCUGAGGCAGUAUGAGGGACAUCAGGGCUUCUGUCCCCUCCCCCUCUCAGGGAGGACAGCCUGGUGGCCCCCAGCCUUUCUCUCCCCCGACCCCAGGUGGCCUGAACCUCUCCGCAGAGGGAGAUGGCCUCGGCCCAUUGGUGCUUGUGCAGACUCCGGGGCACAGCUGGCCCGGGUGAUGGUCUCUGGUGCUUAGAGCCAAGGGAGCCGUGGCCACGUGGCUGGGCGAUGGCGGCGGGGCCUGACCCAGUGCCGUCAAGGCUGGUGCUAUACGGCCACCCGCAGCCCAGUUUGCCCCUGUCCUGCUUGUCCAGCGUGAUUAAAUGUGUGUCUUCUUAGCAGUUCAGGCUGGUUCUUUCUGCUGGGUUUUCUUUGCCCACCUUGGGAGAGCAGCCAGUCCUGGUUCUGCUGGGGCCUGAGCCCAGGGCUCCCUUCUAUGUGCUCCUCACCCACAAAAAGACCAGCUCCCUCGGUCACUCACUAAGGAGUGUGCCUUGGAGGUAUUGGAACCAGUCAGAGUCUGCUGUGCCAAGCCCUGGCUGUGACCUCAGGAAAAGUCCCUGCAUCUCUGAGUCUCAGUUUCCUUGUCGGUAAAAUGGGAAUGAUGAUGAUCUAGCUUACGGAGUAGCCAUGAGGGUUAGAAGAAAGGUUGCCUGGUGUGCUGUGUCCAUCCUUUGAACUGCACCUUUUGAGCAUCUACUGUGUACCACCCCACUAGGCUCAGAGGCUGUAAUGAGAGGCGUAUCCAUUACCUCGCCCUGGAGAACACCCCUGGAGUUUAUGCUCCAGUGAGGCCCUUGGAUGUGCUGAAUAACCACAGCCCCGCAGCCUGGGCUCUGAUCUCA